AUGCAGACCUCGCCCGACCUGCCGACAACCGUGGACUUUGGAAACAACCUAGUCAACUUCAUCGAAGUCAGCGCAGACGACCUGCCGGCGAAGGCGCCUGUUGAGCCUGGAAAGGACGGUGUCGCCACGGCAGCCACCGUUGACAAGGGUGCUGCCAACACGUCUGCGUCGCAGGCUGAUGAGCAAGCCAAGCCCCCUAAAGGCAGAGAGGUGCCAUCGCCAAGUCAGUACUUUCAGCAAAUACCCAAGUACUUGGUGGAUUUCGACCAGCCCGAAGACUCGCCGGCGUAUCAGUAUGCGGUGACCGCUAUAGAGAAGCUGCCGACCCCUCCUAGCUUGCCUGGCUUCUUGGGCAAGCCCAUAUUGAACGCCGCGGUCCUCAUGAAGGACGACAACAGCGUGCUCAACAUGCCCAACCACACUGUUCUCAACCACCUUGCUACUAGUAGCAUUAAGAACAACAUCCUGGCUGUCUCGGCCACAACGCGCUACAAGAACAAGUAUGUCACGACAAUCAUAUAUAAACCCACCACAACGGACGAGUAG